ACCACUUGGAAGAUGGUUUUGUUCAAUUUCCUGGAGUCAGGUGCCACCACCUGAUCUUGUACAGGUUUCUGCCUGUGUCAUGUCCUUGCCUGAAACUCACCCUAAUUAAUCCCGAGUGCUGAAAGAUUCUAGGGUUUGCAUUUGGAAUAGGAAGUGGAAAUAACUCUUUUGCUAAAAUGCUUCCAGCUUUAAGUGUCAGGCAAAGCUCUAGAGAGACUGGAGGUGUGCUAUUUUCAGCUACACUCCGGUGAGAGAUCCAGGGUGUAUGUAGGAGGGCAUGGAGGGUGAGAUUGACAUGACAUGUGUGUAGGACAACUCUGGCGCCUUACCAAGAGCAGAAUCAAAUGCUUAAUCAUAAGCAGAGCAGCAGCUGAGAGUCCAGAAGAACAGGGAAGGCUGGGCUUAACAGUCUGAACUCUCCUCCUGCAUGUGUGAACUUGAAGGGGAAAGUAAGCAGAGGCCCUUUUGGGGAACUGGAGAGUCGUGAAUUGUGAAGAUGGGAUUUGAAGAUACCACCUGUUAAGAAUUGGAGUCUGUUUUGAAGUUUGGAAGAGAAAUUAUCCAAAGCACAGAAAUCAUGGGAGCUGAAGAAGAAAUGCUCAUCACUUUGUCUGGAGGUGCCCCCUGGGGCUUCCGGCUGCAAGGGGGUUCAGAGCAGAAAAGACCCCUUCAAGUAUCAAAGAUCCGAAAGAGAAGCAAGGCGUGCCACGGAGGCCUGUGGGAAAAUGAUGUGCUAGUUUCUAUCAAUGGGAAGUCAUGUGCUGGCCUCUCCCAUGCUACUGCCAUGCAGAUCAUUGACUCCUCCAAUGGCAUGCUCAACAUCCGUGUGAAAAGGAUAGUUGGUGGGGACCAGACAGGCCCACGGCUCCAGCGCUCCCCUUCUCCAGGGCAGCGAGUGCUCUCCCCCCUGUCCCCCCUCAGCCCCCCGGCACAGCCUCUCAGCCCUGAUGCAGCAGGAGCCCCAGCCUCUGUGCAGCCCUCACAGCCACGGAGGUCACAGAAGCACCUGGAGAGCCUCACCUCCCCGCCAGACAGUGAGGCCUACUAUGGUGAGACAGACAGCGAUGCUGACAAUGUGGCCCAAGAGAAGCACCGCCGGGCUCGCAAGAAGAGCCCACGCUCCCCGCCCGAGAGCACCAACAGCAAGGCAGAUGCGCCUCAGGAUGAGGUGUCCCUGUCCGAGCAGAGCGGCUAUGAGAGCAUGCCAGAGGCUGCUGCACAGGGGGGAGCUGAGGUGGCCAGGUCUGGCGGGGUGGCCAAGAGGGAGAUUGCCUGCCUUCCUGGCAGCCGCACAGACACUCCAUUCUCAGACAGCGAGGGACAAUUGCGGCCACUGUCAACAGAUGGACGGGAGCCUUCUCCAGAGGCAAUGCUCCUGCCCCAUGCCACCAAAGCUAUCCAAGCAGAACGCCACCUCAUCCCCAUGGUGGGGCCAGUGGAGCACCCAGUUGAUGAAGACCUAACCACCACGUAUGCAGAGAAAGCCAAGCAGGCCAAGCUUCACCGCCAUGAGAGCAUCCAAGAGAAGAAUGUGAAAGAGGCCAAAACCAAGUGCAGAACCAUUGCAUCCUUGCUGACAGACGCACCCAACCCCCACUCCAAGGGGGUGUUGAUGUUCAAGAAGCGCAGGCAAAGGGCUAAGAAGUAUACAUUGGUAAGCUUUGGGAGUGUUGACGAAGAUCGCUCCUACGAGGAGGAAGAUGGAUUUUUUCCAACUAGUGAGUCUGAAUUUGAUGAGGAAGGUUUCUCUGAUGCCCGAAGCCUAACUAAUCACUCAGACUGGGACAACACUUACCUGGACAUUGAAAAGUCCAAGUCUGACUCUGAACAAAAGGAAGAGAAGAAAAAAGGUUUGAGUGAGGCCUCAGGUAAAGGAGCACGAUUAUUUGAGCAGCAGAGGGAACGGGCUGGGAAGUACACAGUUGAGAAAGUCCCAGAGCAGAAGGGCCCCCAGCUUGCCCCAGCUGCCCAGCCACAGCAGGGAACAGUGAACGGAGAUAUGCCUGUGCCACAGAAAGAAGACAGCAUCCCCCUCAGCAUCCAUGUGGAAGGCAUGCAAGUGCCCAGCAAGCAGCCAGCCACCCUCCCCACUCAGCUCCUGGCUCCCCCUAGCCCCACUUUCUUCCUGCCUCCCCCAAGCACCCCUGACCCCUUCCCUGCAGGCACAACAAGCAUGUUCAACAGGUCUGCACGGCCCUUUACUCCUGGUUUUUCUGGCCAGCGCUCAGCAACAUCCGCUGUCAUCUUCAGGCCAUCUGCACCCAAAAAACCUAGUGAAAGUCUGAGUGGGCAAAGCACAGUGGUUCCUCCUUUCUCACCUCUGGCUCCAGGAACACCUGCCAAUGCACCAGUGUCAACACAUUGUGGUCCAGUCAGCUCUUCCACGUCUCUCUAUAUUCCUGCACCAGGAAGGUCAACACCACAUCCGGAGUCACAGCCAAGAGAAGGAGGAAGAGCUCCAGAGACUAAGCCUUCUGCCAACACUGCUCGGACAUCCAGCACCUCUAUCUUUCUGUCACCUCCCUCAAAACCAGGAGGUGAAAUGGCCUCCACAGCAUCCCAGCUACGAGUCCCUGGAACAGCCUCUUCUUCUUUGUAUAUCAGUCCAGCACCAUCACAGCACACAAAAAGCAGCUCCCCUGUGCCAAAUCAGCCUUCUCUUGCUGUCUCACCAGCAAUGCCACGACCUCUUUCUGAGCCCUUAACCUCCAGAGAGCAGAGGAUUUCUGUGCCGGCUCCCCGCACUGGCAUCCUGCAGGAGGCUCGCCGGCGGGGCAACAAGAAACCCAUGUUCAGUAAGAUUGAGGAGAAGAAGAAGAAUUCACCCAACCCUGAACUCCUGUCUCUGGUGCAGAACCUGGAUGAGAAGCCAAAAGGUGACCAUCCUGGGGCAGGCUUUGAAUCUGGGCCCGAGGAGGACUUCCUAAGCCUGGGUGCUGAGGCCUGCAACUUCAUGCAGUCCUCUAGCCGCAAGUUCAAGACUCCACCUCCAGUGGCUCCUAAGCCUCAGCAGCAAGAUGCUGCACUGGUAAAUGGGGCCCAGGACAUGCCUCAGCUUAAAGGCAAGGGGGCAGAGCUCUUUGCCAAACGCCAGAGCCGCAUGGACAAAUUUGUGGUGGAGACAACACUGAAGCCAGAGUCCAAGCCCAGGACCCCUUCUCCUUCCCCUUCUCUGCCCUCAUCCUGGAAAUAUUCACCCAACAUCCGUGCUCCCCCUCCAAUAGCUUACAACCCAAUGCAUUCCCCUUUUUAUCCCCUAGCAGCCAGCAAAUCUCAGGCUAGCAAAGCAGAGAGCAAAGUGAAAAAGGCACCUGGCCAAAAAUCGGGGAUCAAGGUCAUUGAUGUAAUGCGCCACCAGCCCUAUCAGUUAAAGUCAGCCAUGUUCUGUUUUGGGGAUCCCCCAAGCCCCAGCAUUCAGGAGUCUCCUGGUAAGCCAGGGCCACAGCCUAGCUUGUCCUUCACAGCAGCCAAGCAGGUCCCCGUGAAAACAGCCAAGACACAGGAGAUUCGUCGCUUCUCCACUCCGGCUCCCAUGCCAGCCUCAAGCAGCCUGGCACCCACUGUGCUCAUGCCCCGCUCAGCCACCACAUUGGAUGAGCCAGUGUGGAGAACAGAAAUGGCCUCUUCUGCCCCUGCUACACCAGCACCCUUCCAGGUGGAGCUCAGCCAGUCCCCUAAGCCAUACCCAAGCUCCCCAGAGCCUGGUAAGGUGGGCCAGGGGCCUUCCCCAAACCCAGCCUCAGCCUCUCGGUUUCAGGUGGCCAGGCCUAAAUUCUCAGCAGCAAGAACAGGGAUGCAGGCCAAUGUGUGGAGGCCAAGCUUUGGCCACCACUGAGGCAGGUUCCCCUCCCAACCUGUAUGUGGCCCUGCAGAGAUAGUGCUUGUUUUGUCUUUCACGUCAGCUCAGUAUAUUGGGAUGAAUGACACAAAAUGAAGAAAAGAGAAAAAAAAAAAUUACUCCCCUUCUGCACCACCCUCUUCCCCAGCCUCCCCUUGGUCUCAGAUGAGCAGCUUUCUGGCAAGGCUUACUGGCUGUGACUACAGCAGGAGGAAGAAUGUGGAGAGAAGGCAUAUGUGUCCUACAGACUGGGAACUUCCACGCAACAGCAAAACCCACCUACGGAGGGCAUGAAUGACCGGGGUUGUCUCACAUGAGGACAUGUAGGUGGUAGCAGUUUUCCUAUCUGAAGGGCUUUGGAGUCACCCCAUAAUGGAGGCAGAAUAGGAGGCAAGAGCCUUCCAGGAAGAAAGUGUCAGAGGUGGGAUUACAGUACUGAAACUCUGUCUACCCCAUUGGACUGCUUUUUUCUGAGCCUGUCAGCCUGUACACACGCACCUGUGUGUGUGCACACACACAUGCACACACGUGCAUACAAUGACACUCAGCAGGGAGUGAAAGUAGAAGUGGGGCUUCACCUUGGACACUUCUGAAAGCAGGGUGGCCAUGUGUGGCCAUUCUUCCAGCCACCAGGGCUGGGAGUAAAAGUGAAAAGGGAAAUUCAUCCUAGCUGGUGCUAAAUAUGGUUAUCAGAUCUGGAAGCAGUUUGUCAGAGGGGUGUUGAAUGGUCUUGGUGGGGCUGUCACAAGCUGGAGGAACUGCAGAGGAAGUAUAAAUUUUUGAGGAUACAGAGUCAAAGCUAAGCUCAAGGCAGUGGCAGGCCGGUGCAAGGAAGGCCCUGCAUCACUAGAACAGGAUACAGAUGCUGUAAGUAUAAAGGAGGAUUGUGUAGGAGAAGAUACGGUUGACUUUAAAAGGAGGCAGGAUUGAGUAAGUGUUUGCACAUCAUAUUUUUGUUUCGUUUAGGUCAGAAGCAUGGCUAGAUUAGAAAUAGCUCAUGACAUAAAACUUCCUGAAAACUCUGACAAGCUGGAAAAUGGAGCCCCUCUACAGACGCUCUCAGUAUGGAAGUGGAGCACAGGGAAACAAAGUCACAGGUAGAAUUUCAUACUAAAUUAUUUAAGUAUACUUGAGGUCUAUUUGUUAAAAACUGAAGUGCUCUGAGAGUCCCAGAGCAUCUGCACUUACACACACAUACAGAGCUCAGUUUGCUGGCAAUGCUGGAGAAACAUGACUGGUUAUUUCUUGAAUGUCCCAGGUCAGCCACAGACUUAAUCCCUACACUAAGGGCAUCUAAGAAUAAAGCAAUUGCCUUCCCAAGGAAGAAUUCAGGAUAUUAGUAGGGACUGUGGAUGUGUGUGUGCAUGUCAUACGUGCUGUGGUUUGCACACACCCCUGCUCUUUGCCUUCUGCCUGUGGUCCCCUUUUUGCAGUGGCCACUUUUACGUUGUGAUCCCACAAGUACACACAGAAAACAUUGCUCCUGAAGCACUGGCUCCCAAACACAGCACAUGCCCCAGCUGCAGGGAAGGGUUUUGCUGCCUCUUCCAGGGCAGGGGUGGCCUAGCCUUUUGCUAGGCCCUCAGGAAUAAGUACUGGAGCCAGGAUGAGGGUGCCGUAGCCCUGCUUGAGACAUGUCUCCAUCUCAUUAGACUUGCUCCUCUCCUGCAAGCAGAAGCUGUUCUCUAACUUGCUUGAGAACAAACUUUGGAUGAACAAAACUGUAGGUUUUGGGGAGAAAAAAGGAGUGCAAAUGGGGUUGGUGCCAAGUCUGUAAGCAGCAUAGCUAGUGUGGUUUCACGCUAAGUCCAAGUCAAACUUCCUCCAUGCAGCUGGAGCUUAGGAUGUGUAGCUCUUUCCGUGGAAGCCUGGGCUCUACUUAUUGUUGGAGACUCUAUGGUGCUUCUCUGCGUGCACCUGGAGAUUUUGCUUGUGUGCUCUCCCACAAAGAAAAAAGAGGGCUGGGGAACCUAGCUUCCAGCUCUAGUCCUGGACAAGCUUAGGAGGGAGAGGAUGAAAGAAAAAGAAAAGUAAUAACCACUCCUGCCUUUGAAUCCUUCAGAGUCUGGCUGGGCUUGCUCUGCAGGCCUGUGUUUAGAGUGCACAUUCCUGAGGGCCAUGAAUCAUAGGAUGAGCAUGCUGGGGAGAGAGGAGGACACCUCACUUGGCAGGCUAUCAGCCAUAGGAGAGGAUGGAGAUAAAACCUUUGGGAAUGCCUUGAGUUAAUGAGCAAAGGGAUGACUGGCCAGAAGAGGUGCUGCACAUGGUUGUAUGACAUAGGAACAUGUGACCUAAACAGAUGAGGUGAUUGUAUUGUGUUCCUGGAAAGCCCCAGAGGGUAGGUUUUAGGACAAGUCACCACACAGUUAAUUCAGAUCACCACAAACCACUGAGCUCUGGUGAAGGGGAGCAGCCAUGCUACAAAACAUAACUUAGAAGAUUGCUUUCUCUCUCAUCCUGUGCUGCACUGUGUUACCAGGGCUUCUGGAAAAAAAAAAUCCUGUGUGCUGUGGCAAGAUGAUUUAUAUGAUUAUUCCCAAACAUGAAAGGAGGAGUCUUCUGUUUCUGUAGGAAAGCUGUGGGAAGGAACUAAAGGACUAGGAGUGCUGGAAAAGUUUUGUCUCUAGUCUCCUUGUGGAGUGCUGUCACUGGCUAGUUAUUUUAGCCAUUAGGCUUAGACAGACAAGCCAGCCUAGGUUGAAAGCGUCACUGAAUUCAGGUGUAGAGAUGAGUUGUGUGGACCAGAGAAAGUCUGCUUAGGAUCAUUCAGCAGUGACAAAAUAACCUCAGAAAGUCUGAAUCUUACUCCAGUGUCCCUUUCUUUCAGGCCCCUAAAGGUAAGUGCUCUCAGAGCCUGAAUGUCUCAGGAAAUUAAUUUUGCAACUGGAAAAAAAGAGAGGUCUGGCCUUAAUAUAUAAAGGAGACUGCAAUGUUAGUAUUUUAGGGGUCCCACUCUGGAUUUCUAAGACACACUGAUGCAAGCCAAGGAGUGAUGGCCAAACACACUUGAAUGUUAGAUACCAGGACACGACUGGAAUAGCUGCAUUUGGCCCAUCAUUUCUGAUAAUGUAGUGGGUAGGAGAUGGUUAGGUCUGAUUGGAGAAUGUAUAUUAAACAUCAGAGCAAGGAAAAAAAUCAGGAGGUUUGGGGUCCUGCAUUUCACUUCUAACAUUCUUGGAUCAAAGCUAUGUUUAAAAGGAAAGCCAAAGUAGUUUGAGGGAUCUCAGCCUCUCCCACUCUUUUCUAUAUCCUAUGCUGACACAGGACUUGAUCUGUAGAAGGAGAGGGUGUUGCAGAUGAGGCCUUCUGUUCUUGUGGAGUAUCCCAAAUAAGGCCCAUGGCUACAAGGCGUGUGAGAUGAGAAAUAAUACUGAGAUGCAUCUGCUAAGCUAUAAGGAAGAAACCUGCACUACUGCUGGCUUCAAGCAGCUCUGCUAGUGUCUGCUCAUGAAAACAUCGUGGCUGGCCUGUUACAAAGGUCACAGAUCAGAUUACAAGGAAUACUUUUGAACCAUAUAAGCUUGUCUUGAGCCUUUCUCAAUUUUUAGUUCCUGGGCUGUUGAACAAGCACAGACAUAAACAGUUGUUUGUCAAGUUUUAGCUCCCACCUGCUAAGCUAUAAGCUGCAGUGGUAGGCCAAACCCCAGUAUCCCCUUGUUGAGCAUUUGAAGAUGUCUGCAUGAGCUCUGAUUUAGAACUGCCUAUCAUCCCUCCUCUGUAGCAGGCUGCAGGUUACACAUUGCACCUAUGGCAAGUCUGGCGGUUUUUCUUUACUUCAGAAGUAUUAGUCCUUUCCGUCUGAAUAUAUGGGAACACUUGCCAAAGAUAACCUCAAGAUCCUGCAGCAGCUGAGAGGAAUAAUCUUGAAAGAUACUGCAGUCAUAAGUCACUGAUUGCCGGACAUGAACACAGUGUAAGCCAUGAUUGUUGUUUGGAAAGAACAUGCUCCCUUUCUGCUAUAAUAUCCAGCAUCCCCUAGCAGACCCUCUUCCUAGACUCAUCAGUGCUCUAAAAAUGGCAGCCCAGCAGCUGUGCCUUGUCUGGUGGAAGAGGUGACCCCAAAAGGAGAACAGAGUUGGCACCUUUGUUUAUGGAAAUACUUUUUUUCCUUUUCUGUUUUGUCUUUUUUGUUGUUGGUUUGUUUUGUUUUGUUGUUGUUUUUGUGUGUGUGUGGUUUUUUGUUUUGUUUUUUUGAAUUUAUAGUCACUUUCUAUUUGUGCAGAAGAAUAAACUUGUGAUACGCACUUUA